UAUUUUCGAAAUAAUGUGUUUAUCUGGUUAAGUAGUCACAUGACAAUAUUUCUAGAACACCAGCGUUGUAUGGUUUGAUGCAUGUUUUGCAAUUUGAUAUUGUCUCUGUUUUUGAAAAAGGUGACCUAACCUUUAAAAGGGGGAAAUAUUUUUCAUGAAGUUUUAGAAAGUCUUGUUAUUAUUAUAAUUAUUAUUUUUUUUUUCUUUGAUGCAGACUUCUGCAGUUACUGAUUUCCCUAACUUGAAUUUUUAGUGAUUUCCUGCUUUUUAUUGGACUUUUAAAUAUUUUGAAUAGAAAAUGGAAAAACUGAAUCUUCUGGAGAAAUUAAAGACUUUAAAGCAGUGGCAAUUACAACAACAGUUAAACUUCACUAAACUGAAAAAUGAUAAUGAGUUUAUGAUUUAUAAUGGCAGUCAAAGUAAGGAUUCCAGUGACAAUAAAGAAAACAUCCAAGAAGAUGAAAACAAAAAUAUAGGCAAAAAUUGUUUCACUGAGACGAUGUCAAAAAGCUCGCUUACCAGUGCGUUACAAAAUAUAGACUGGAAUAAAAUGCAAAUUGACGAUGAUGAUACAAGUAAUCAAGAACAUAAAAUCCAGAAUCGUUUUUUGCAAAGUGGAGAUUUAACUAAUUGGUGUAUGUCUGGUGUACAAACUGUUGUUCUGCAAAAUGGUAAAAAAAAUGACAUUGUUCUUAAAGAAACUCAUGAUUUGGAGAGUUCGUACGAAGAACAAGAAGCCUGCAGUGCAAGUCGUUCUGAGGAUGAAUUCAGUGAACUUGAAUUAAAUCAUAAUAUGGAAGGAAUCCAACCUCUCACUGAAACUGAAGAGGAGGAGGAAGAUGAGGAGGAGAGUGAUACGAACAAACAGAUUUUUGUUGUUGGUGCUGAUGCAAUUAAUGAUGAGGAUGAAGAUGGUGUUGAUGAGGAAAACACAUUGAUUAAAGGAGAAUACCUAACAAACGACGAAAAACCAAUCAAAUCGGUGGCAACUGGGAAAACAGGUGGUUUGACAUUUGAAGAGUUGAUUGAAAAAGAAAUGCGAAAAGAUCAGAGUUUUGCAUCUACUCCAAUGAAAAAAGUUAAGCAUCAAUUUCUGAAACGUGGCGAAGGAUUAAAACGAUUUCAGUGUGGAAAUUUGAAGCCAAAAAAAAAGACCGAAAACUUGGGAAACAACAAGGAUGCAACUGCAUCAAUUAGGGCUAGUACUAAGCCAGGGUUGCCUUUAAAACUAAAUCUUAAGAAAGCUGUUAAUCGUGGAGGAAGUAAAGUUACUGUGAGUGCUGCCAACCCAGGUAGUAAUAAUGCUAUCAAAACGAAAGACGCAUUUACCAAUAAUGAUGGAAUAAAAGUUCAGAUGCUUCAACCCAGUAGGGGAAAUUAUGUUCGAAAUGCAACUGACUAUAAUAAUGAUGGUGCGAGCGAUUCAGUUUCAUCCUCAAUUCUUGAAGCAUCUUUCCAAAAAAUGUUACAGCAAUACUCAGAAAAAGACGAGCUUGAAAACAAUGAGUUAGAUAUGUUUGAAGCAUUGGAAGACGCAGCUGAAAACAUCUCCCUCUCUUCGAAUUCAUCAUUAGUAACAAAACUUCUUGGCAAGAAAAAGAAUGCAACCAAAGUGACAGAUUUUGCGGUAACAGAGGAAGAACAUACAGAUGAUGAUGAUGGUGAUGAUGCUUGUAAGCAGCAGGUAGAACGUCAACAUGAUGAAAAUAUUGUUCAGAGUAGAAAUAACUCUUUUGAUUUCGAAGAUGAAGCAAGUUGGUCGGAUACAAGUCAGAUAUCUUCUUUCUUCAACGAGAAUGAUGAGACAAUAGUACGUGAACCGACGCCUGAGCACUCCACCCCACCCAAACGUAUUAUCAGUAAACGAAAAGUUGAUGUUGACGUAAAGGAGGAGAGUGAGUUGACACCUACACCAAGUGAGAACGCAAGUUCAUUGGGACAAAGUGUAGUUACUGAUGAUAUCUCAGACACUGUGAAGAAAAAGUUAGCUGAACUUGAAAACGAGAUCAAUAAAUUCCGUUGCGAAAACGACAAACUUUUAAAACUGAGGAACGAGCGUGAAAACGAGGUCAAAAAUUUACGUAAGGAAAUCGAGACUUUUCAAAGCGAGAAAAAAGAGGAGUUGGAAAAUAUAAAGAAGUACAGAGAUGAUGAAAUGAAGAAGUUGAAAACAGAGAGAAAAGUGUUCGAGAAAUACCAGAAAGCAUGUCGAGCUGCUCCUAACAAGAAGGAACGAGAUGAGAUCAAAAAUUUAAAAGAACAGGUAUGCAACUUAACAGAAGAACUAAAGAGUCGAGAAACACGAUGGAAUUCUGCUUCCCAUCGCUUUCGUACUCGCAUUGCUGAUUUGGAAGAACAGAACAGUGAAUUAAAGCGUGAAAUUUCUGUGCUGGAAAACGAACGCUUGAAAAGAAGAAAAAUCACUACCGAUUCCAAAGAAGAACAGAUAAGAAACAAGGGUGGUAAUAAAAGUCCAAAGCAUGCUGGAGGACAUUAUUUGCAUUCGACGCAUGAGACGCAACCGAAAAAACAGCAAUGCUCUCAAGAGCAAUCUAACGACUUAAAGAACAGGUCUCCUGUGCGGAUGUAUGAAGAUAUAUUGAAGCACGGCGAACAAGACCACUUUGUGUCGCCAUCAAGCAGGUCUGAUCAACCUAGUAAACAAUUCACAAACAACAACAACAACAACAUAAACAUAAACAUUAACAGCAAUAACACCAAGGAAAUUAAACACGAUGAUGGCAAGGUUGAAGUAAUUCUUCCAGACUCUUCGCGUUUGAUUACAUAUCCCAACGGUACGAGAAAGACAAUCAGUCAGGAUGAAAGAAAUGUAUCAGUUGUUUUCUUCAACGGUGAUAUUAAGAGAAUUUUACCUGAUAAUAGAGUUGUUUAUUACUAUGCUGAAUCACAAACCACGCAUACGACUUUCCCUGAUGGAAAAGAAAUGAUUGAAUUCCCGAAUAAACAAAUCGAAAAUCGUUAUACCGAUGGAAGGACUGAAAUUAUCUUUCCAGAUAAGACCGUGAAAUGCAUUGCGCCGAAUGGUUGUGAAGAGACCGUGUUCGCUGAUGGCACGAUACAAAAAAUCGACACUCAAGGUGUGCAAACAAUAACUUUUCCUAACGGACAAAAGGAAGUGCAUACAACGAAAUACAAGAGGAGGGAAUAUCCUAACGGGACUGUAAAAACCGUGUUUGGUGACGGCCGUCAAGAAACGAAAUAUUCGAAUGGUAGACUGCGUGUGAAAGAUAAAGAUGGCAAUCUAUUGAUAGACACGGGUGCUUCUUGACGACAAAUUUUAAAAUGUAAAUAAAACAUAAUGAAUUAGUAAAAUAUAAUUUAUAUUUGUA